UAUCAAUGGGAAAAAUUUGGUUCCAGACUAAUAACAUCACCAUCUCAUUACUCAAAUAUAUUUCAUCUGAUAACUAUACUAAUAAGAUACCAUGCAUCUUAUUACUCAUUCGACCAAUAACAUUCUAAUAACUAUACUCACUAGAUAUAUUACUAGUGCAAAAAAGUAAUGAGUAAUAAUAUAGGUUCAUCUUAUUAGAAUAAUAAGUAAUAAAACCACUAAUAAGAUACCUAAAAUGCCAAAGUAUAAGAAGGAGUGCGUAAGGAAAAGAGAGAGCGAUGGACUCGUGCCUUAUGCAGUUCGAAGAGAGUGAUCGAAACAACCGAGCGCGAUAUGACCGAACGCCAUCACCAAAAGGAAGCAAUUGGCGUGACUACAUACGGCAUCAAUUGACCAUCAUGAAGAAAGCCAUUGCAGUGCACACAACCAAAUAGUACACACGUCUAAGUUUUGAUCAUUACAUCGAGUCCAAUCGGAUCAGUGACAAGGUGGCCGCAAUGCUGACAAAUCGCAAACGAUGCAUCAUUAACAUUGGAGCUUCCCAACCACCUGCAAAUUCACCGAUUAAGUUCAAGAAACAUGUUCGAUGCCCGGGCGUGCGGAAAUUGGUGAAGAGUUUCAAGAAAAUGGAAGGCAAUGUCAUACGAUUUGUGAACGAAGCCAGAUCAUCACGAUUGUGUGCCAGAUGUUUCGAACCGUUUCCAUUGAGUACAUUGAACGAUCGUGUCAAGGUGUGUGAAUGGUGUAUGCCCGAUCAAGAUGAUUGGCCGGAUGAAAUGAAGCUACCAGAGAAAAUUGUAGCGCCAAAGAGCAAGCGGAAGUUGCGAUCAGAGCGACGAGCGAUGCAACAAGCAGCAGUGCAGAAUCCAAAUCAACCCCGUGGUUUUGUGUUCAAGCUGAUUUGCUACCGUAAAAACUGGCAACAAAACGCGGCAAACGGUAUGGAUGACAAUGUUGAAGAGCGCAGUGGUGUAAUCAUUCACGAAGCUGAACUCGGUAUCAUCGAGUAUACAGAUGAAUUUGUGCCCGAAGACCCCGUUGACGAGUCUCCAGUACUGAAGACAGUUUGGCAACGUGACAUUUCGGCUGCAAAAUUGAUCUUGUACAGAGGGCAUUGCGAACUCUUUGGACAUCGGCUGCAUGAUGCGUUCACACGUCAACACCUCGUGUAUCCAACUCGAUUCCGAGUCAACUUCAACAUUCAUUAAUAUCAAUAGAGCCGCAAUUUAUGUUUUAUUUUUCAAAAGAAUUUAUAUAACAGUAUGUUAUUUGGAGUUGGUUGAGGUUUUAGUCUCCCAGACAUCAUCGAUACCAGAUAUCGAUGGCUAUCUAUAUUCUAUAGUCUAUAUAGAUGUAGGUAGAGUACAGGAAUUUAAAUAUUACUGUACCAAACAUAUGUGCUGGCAAUUUAUGAACAUGUACAAAAAAAGUGAUCGAAUGAAGAUGGAAAUGCUGACGAAGAAAGAUCAGGGAUAAAAAGUGAAAAUUGGAUGAAGAUGGAAUUGCUCAUGAACCGAGAACAGGCACAACAAUGAUGAAUUCGGCAAACAGAAAAUGGAACCUACUUCGUUUAGCUUAUCAAAUUUGAUAAAGAUAGGAAACUUUUUGUUUGGAUUAAGGACGACAAAUACAAUUUGAUUAAGAUGAGUGAAAUCUAAUUUUUGAAAUCAAAUCUGAUCGAAUCAUUCCAAUUACCUGAGAAGAACUAUUCGUAAUGAUACUUAGUAUAUCGCCCUCUGGAUCCCAAGCCAAACCAGUACACAGUCUGUUAAAUGUGGAAAAGUAUAUUGAAUUUAUCAAUAAUCUAAAAUGUCAGGUGAUGAUGCGCAGUAGCUUACGCUUGUAACACAAUUCGAUCUUGUAGAUGCCCUUGACGAUUGUAAACUGCAACCGUUCCAUCUGAACCGGUAGUGACUAGAUGAUUGCCUGAACUACCCGUUUGAAAUGUAAAAUGAACCUUCCCUGGUCCAUGUG